AUGGAUACCCGGAGCCAGAAGCACCCUCAACAAGCAUCUGGAAAGAUGCUAUAUAGAAUAUCUGAGACAAGAGUCAAAGAGGUCGAGAAACAUUUAAAAACCAUCACCUUCAACACGAGCAUCCCUUCCAUCAUCGACUAUCGUCACCAGCACUCCUGCACCGUUCGCUUAAUCCAACAAGUCCGCUUCGCCAACCUCGGCCCCGACCACCACCGUCCCCCGGCCGACAACACCGAUGAGGAAAUCGCCUGGAACUCUAGUUUAUCAAGCAGACAAAAAGCCCCCCACUAUUAUGGUGUCUCAAGCAUCGAGGUUCUGUCUCGUGAUGCUGAAAUGUUGCGCAACGGAUACGGCCCAGGCAAUAUCCCACCGACGAUCCCCACGAAUCAUCGCAGACCAAUAUUCUGGCGCCCCGUCCCCGCUCAAACCAGGUUCAUCGAAAACUGCCCAUGGGACUCUGAAAAGGGCUUAUCCUUGGACCUUCCGCCCGACGAUCUGAUGCCCGUCCUCAUAGACACAUUCUUCAAAGCGGCCUUUUUCCCCUUUAUGCAUCGCGGGAUGUUCGAAAAGCAGCUCAAGGAUGGUUUACACAAGCGAAACGGUACCUUUCUUCGCAUCGUCUUGCUCGUGUGUGCGACUGGUGCGCGGUGGUGUGGUGAUCCCCGAGUGUUGGAUGAGAGAUGGCCCGUCCCACUGAGCGCUGGCCACCGGUGGUUUCGGCAACUUGGCGUUUGGCAAAAGAGUUGGAUGGACGAUAUCCUCUUGGAAGAUGCUCAACUCCAAACGCUUAUCAUCAUUUACUGUCUUGGUACAUCAGGCAACUACGCUGCGUGGGUUAUAUCCGGCAUAGCCAUCCGUACGAUGCAGAAUGUGGGUGCCCAUCGCCGAAAAUCGACACAAUCUUUGGAGAGCGAGUUGUUCAAACGGUGUUUCUGGACCGUAGUUAUGCUCGACCGUUUUCAAUGUCUUACCAUGGGCCGGCACGCUGCGUUACAAGAUCUCGACAUCGAUUUGGACUACGCUCUGGAAGUGGACGACGAAUUUUGGUCUUUGGAACCAGGUGCACCACCACCGGUUCAACCGGCUGGGGUUCCUUCUAGACUCAGUUGCUUCAACCAAAUGAUCAAGCUGCUACGUAUUGGGGGGCGAUGUCUUCAGACAGUGUAUGCGCUCGAGUCGACGAAACACCAAAUCGGGCUUGAUGGUCCUCAGGGAACAGCAUGGAUGUUCAACGAUAUCAACUCGCAGUUCAACCAAUGGGUCCGAGAUGUACCCUCCUUCCUGAGGCUUCCGACCACAGACAAAUACGAAACCAACCGCCUUUUUAUCGACAAGAUUGAAAUGUGGACCUUGUAUUAUGACCUACUUAUCUCCGCCAACCGUACUUUUAUCGCCAAACCUUCCCCUCUGGCUGCUCCGGCUUUGAAGCUGUGCGGCGGUGCGGCGAGAGAGUGUACAGAAGUCCUACGGGCUUACCUCAAGAAUCCCGAGGCUCUCUUGGCUCCUCCACUAAUGCACCCGGCAUUUUCAUCUGCGAUGAUCUUGGUCAUUGAUCUUAUCGCCCAAGCGAAAUCCAACAAUCCCAUGUAUGACUCGAACACGUUGGAUCAGAAAGAAGAAGACCUGAGGGAGUGUAUGAAUGUUCUUAAGAAGGCAGAGGGGAAAUUCCAUCUCGCAGGUCGAUAUUAUGAUAUGGUUCGUGAAUUCGAAGAGUAUUGGCGGCUCGAAUUGUCACCUCGCGCUCGCUCCAGCAGCAUGUCUUCCCCGGCUAGUGCGAAUAGUCAUGGCCAACAACCGUCCCAAAACCUACCAUUUGACUCUUCGGAUUCCUUCUUUCCGAAAACCAAGGUCAAAGUCAAAAAAGAAGAAACUAGUUUCGACCUUACGUACAUUCCACCAGACACAACACCUCCAUUCUCAACAAGCCAGCACAAUUCUGACUCGUUGGAACCCGCGGACCCUGAAGUGUCUUAUGAUUAUGCGCUGCCAGAGGCAUAUGCGGACGAGGCGUUUGCAGGAUUAUAUUCGCUUCCUAACUUGUAUUCUUUGCCAAAUCAGGCUUCGCCCUCAUUUGCUACCCAUUUGGAAUAUUCGCAGCAAUCGGGGUCAACGAACCCGAAUGCAGUCAACUUUCAGCCGUAUUUACCCGACUAUGGGUACACUGCUAGAGAUGCGAUGAAGCAACAUGCGCGACGAGUUACAUCCGUCUCGCACCCGACUCCCGAUAAAACGAGUGGAGAAUUGAAUCCUCCGUCCGUUGCGAUCCCUGGUUUAGGAAUAUUCUCGCAAAGGGGUUGGAUGAGUAAUUCAAGCCGGGCUGGAUGGACCAGCGAUUUGCGUCAUAGUAGGGAUUCUUCGGAAGGAAAUGAAUCUCCUAUGUCAUACUGGGACGCAACUAUGCGAGGCACCCUUGGCUUGCACGGAAGAUGUCAUAACCCACAAUCAAGGACCGGAUGA